CUCGGAACAGCUCAAAGAGCCUGCGAGGAUGAUGGGUCUGUUUACGAGGGGGUCGUAGACAAAGUGUGACACUUUUUCCAAGGCAGGGCCGUCGGUCGCAAUGGCCCCUCGAAAGCGAGGAGGGAGGGGGCUCUCCUUAAUUUUCUGCUGCCUAAAAAGCAAUGAUCACCCUGAGAUCACCUACCGCCUCCGCCAUGACGGUAACGUUACCCUGCAUACCAUGGAGCCUUCUCUUCCCAUGCCUCCCACAGACGAACUGGACGUCAUGUUCUCAGAACUGGUGGAUGAACUGGAUCUCACUGAGAAACACAGAGAGGCCAUGUUUGCUCUCCCUGCCGAGAAGAAAUGGCAGAUAUACUGCAGUAAGAAGAAGGAGCAGGAGGAGAACAAAGGAGCGACGAGUUGGCCGGAGUUCUACAUCGACCAGAUCAACUCCAUGGCUGCGAGGAAGACUCUUUUGGCUCUCGAAAAGGAAGAUGAAGAGGAGAGGAAUAAGACGAUAGAGAGCCUGAAGACGGCGUUACGCACGCAACCGAUGCGGUUUGUGACGAGGUUCAUCGACCUGGAUGGACUGACUUGUGUUCUGAACUUCCUGCGGACUAUGGAUUACGAAACCACCGAGUCUCAGAUCCACACCUCCCUGAUUGGCUGCAUCAAAGCCUUGAUGAAUAACUCCCAGGGUCGGGCCCACGUGCUCUCUCACUCCGAGAGUAUCAACAUCAUCGCCCAGAGUCUGGCCACAGAGAACAUCAAGACCAAAGUGGCUGUUCUGGAGAUCAUGGGCGCGGUGUGUCUGGUACCCGGUGGGCACAAGAAGAUUUUAGAGGCCAUGUUGCACUAUCAACGCUUCGCCAGUGAGAGGACCCGUUUCCAGACACUGCUUAACGAUCUGGACAGGAGCACAGGCCGCUAUAGGGAUGAAGUGAGCCUCAAAACUGCCAUUAUGUCCUUCAUUAAUGCAGUCCUCAGUCAGGGUGCGGGAGAGUCGAGUUUGGAGUUCAGGAUUCAUCUGCGGUAUGAAUUCCUGAUGUUGGGCAUCCAACCGGUGAUCGAUAAACUACGUUCCCACGAGAACUCGACGUUAGAUCGGCAUUUAGAUUACUUUGAGAUGUUGAGAAAUGAAGACGAGCUGGCCCUUGCCAAACGAUUUGACCAGGUCCACAUAGACACUAAAAGUGCCACUCAGGUCUUUGAUCUCAUCCGUAAGAGGCUGAACCACACGGACUCCUACCCGCACUUUAUCUCCGUCCUGCAGCACUGCCUUCACAUGCCCUAUAAGAGAAGUGGAAACACUGUGCAGUACUGGCUCCUCCUGGACCGGAUCGUCCAGCAGAUCGUUCUGCAGAACGACAAAGGUCACGACCCGGACGUGGCGCCGCUGGAGAACUUCAACGUUAAGAAUGUGGUGCGAAUGCUGGUCAAUGAGAAUGAAGUAAAACAGUGGAAAGAACAAGCAGAGAAAAUGAGAAAAGAUCACAAUGAACUUCAGCAGAAGUUGGAAAAGAAGGAGCGAGAGUGUGACGCCAAGGCUCAGGAGAAAGAAGAAAUGAUGCAAACGCUCAACAAGAUGAAGGAGAAGUUAGAAAAAGAGACGAACGAACACAAGCAAGUCAAACAGCAAGUGGCCGACCUGUCGGCACGACUUCACGAUCUCAGCACUAGGCAAAGUGUCCCUGGAGGCCCUCCCCUCGCGCCGGGAGCCCCCGGAGGACCUUUGUCACCUCCUCCUCCUCCUCCUCCAGGUGCCGUCCCACCACCUCCACCAGCCCCAGGAGGAGCUCCGCCUCCCCCACCUCCGCCGCCCGGUGGAGUCCCACCUCCGCCAGGCCUGCCUGCGUUUGGUGCCCCCCCUCUGCCCGGAGGUCCGCUGGGACCUGCAAUGAAGAAGAAGAACAUUCCACAACCCUCCCAUCCUCUUAAGUCCUUCAACUGGUCCAAACUGGCUGAGAAUAAGCUAGAUGGCACAGUGUGGAUGGAGCUGGAUGACCUCAGAGUGUUCAAAGUGCUGGACUUGGAAGACAUUGAGAAGACUUUCUCAGGCUAUCAGAGGCAACAGGACACCUUUUUGAUCAAUAGCAUGAGACAGAAAGAAUCCGAAGAUGAUACCAUGACCUCUAAAAAGGUCAAGGAGCUGUCCGUCAUUGAUGGCCGCCGAGCGCAGAACUGCAACAUUCUUCUGUCGCGGUUGAAGCUUUCUAAUGAGGAGAUUAAGAGGGCUAUUUUAACCAUGGAUGAGCAGGAGGACCUGCCAAAAGACAUGCUGGAACAGCUGCUGAAAUUCGUCCCAGAGAAAAGCGACGUGGACCUUCUGGAAGAGCACAAGCACGAGCUGGACCGGAUGGCCAAGGCAGACCGGUUCCUCUACGAGAUGAGCAGAAUCAACCACUACCAGCAAAGGUUGCAAUCUCUCUACUUUAAAAAGAAGUUUGCAGAGAGGAUUGCCGAAAUCAAACCAAAAGUUGAAGCUUUGGUCAAAGCAUCUAAAGAGGUUCUGCAGAGUAGGAACCUGAGGCAGCUCUUGGAGGUGGUGCUGGCUUUUGGUAACUACAUGAACAAAGGCCAAAGAGGCAACGCUUAUGGCUUCAAAGUGUCCUCACUCAACAAGAUCGCCGACACCAAAUCCAGCAUCGACAAGAACAUCACUCUUCUGCACUAUCUUAUCACCAUUCUGGAGCAGAAGUACCCCAAAGUGGCCCAGUUUCAGGAGGAGCUGCCCCACGUUCCAGAAGCCGCCAAAGUCAACAUGACAGAGCUGGAAAAAGACAUCAAAAACCUGAGCACUGGCCUGAAGAAUGUAGAGAAAGAGCUGGAUUACCAGAAGAGUCGUCCCCAGGACUCGGGGGAUAAAUUUGUAUCUGUGGUCAGUCAGUUUAUCACAGUGGCCAGCUUUAGCUUCUCUGAUGUGGAGGACUCCCUGCAAGAGGCGAAGGAGCUGUUCCAAAAAGCAAUGCAGCACUUUGGGGAAGAUCCAGCGCGGAUGCAGCCUGAUGAGUUCUUCGGGAUCUUUGAUCAGUUUCUGCAGGCUUUCGCUGAGGCCAGGCAAGACAACGAAAACAUGCGCCGUCGAAAAGAAGAAGAGGAGCGCCGGGCGCGGAUGGAGGCCCAGUUAAAGGAACAGAGAGAGAAGGAGCGCAAAGCUCGUAAGGCCAAGGAGAACUGUGAGGAAGACGGCGAGUUCGAUGACCUGGUGUCGGCCCUUCGCUCUGGAGAGGUGUUCGACAAGGACCUGUCGAAAAUGAAGCGCAACCGCAAACGUCCUAACACCCCAAGCGCCGAGACCAGCAGGGAGAGGCCUAUCACCAAACUCAACAUCUGACCGGGUUCUGUGACUAAACGCCACUCUAAUGCUGCCACUGCCCCCUAGUGGCAGAGCCCAAGAACUACACUUGCCUUCUCUUCCACAGCACAUGAAGAAGUUAAAUGGUUAUGGCUGUGGAAAGGCUCCUCACUCUGGGUUCUGCCGCUCAAGCUCAAGACGGAGGUUUGACUGAGAACAACGGCCAACUCUCAGUUUACCCAUGCCAGCUGCCAAAAUACUUCUUAAACCUCUAGUAGAAUGCUUUUCUUAGUGACAAUUUGACAGUGUUUUAUGUAAAUGACAGUGAUUACUAUGGUGCUAAUGCGCUGUAGUCAGCUGCUCUAUUGGGGGGGGGAGACUCCUCAGAAUUCCCCCUUAAUAAUAAGAACGGGCACAAAGGGCUAUAUACACAUCACUCCCUUUAUAGGGUCUAAUAACCUCAAACAUACUGAUGCCGCAUUGACACUUAGAGUCAGGUGUAGUGAAGCUACAUGCUGUAUUUUGAAGAAGUUUAAAACCAAUGAUGACGAGACCAGUGACUGUUGCAAUGAACUCAAUAAUCACUGUGUUAAGUACCUGGUAUGCACCUGGUUAAAACUACAAGACCCACUGUGUUCAAAGAGCACAAGCCAAAAAACAAAAACCCAACAUAGUAAUAACUAAUUCACUUUCAGUCUUUCAAAAGCACAAUACAGAAUCUCAAGCUACCAUGGUUUUUUUAAAGCACAACUUUUGAAUACAAAAAAAAGCAUAUUUGAAACAGAAUGUUUUAUUACAAGCCUUCAGAUGCCGUGCCAUGAAUGAAGUAAGUAGUGUCAAGUAAGUAUUUUUCAGAAGACAUUUGUCAAACUUCUAAAAGUGAUUGAAUAAGAGAGUGCAGAAGAUUUAUAGAAGCAGGAAAAUCAACUUUGUAUAUUUUCAUUUUUGUUCUCAGUAAUUACCGAAAAAAACAAACAACGACAACAAAAAAAAAAACCUAAGACCAGUUCAAUGGAACACUGUGGAUUACCAAACUCUAUGCAUCCUCGAAUAACCAAACUUUCUGUUGUGUUUGUACAUCCCUGUAAUUUUCUUUUUUUUUUCUUUUUUUGUGUGUGUAUGUAUGUAUGUAUAUAUGUACAUAUUCCCAGUGUUUAGCCCCGUAUAUCGAAAAAAAAAAUGUUCAGAGACUUUGACACUCAGCUUCUGUUCUCAGAUAUGUCUCCUGUUGAGCAGAUGUUCUUGGAAGCAUUUUUACUAAUACCCUGCUUUAAAUAUGUGAUUGUUUCCUAAGUUUGUGGGUUCUUUCUAUGUCUUGUUUAUUUAAGAUUGCUUUUACAUGUGAGGUAGGUCAUCAAAAAAUAAACCCAGAGGGUCAUUUGAA